AUGUCAGGAACGGCUUCACCUCGCAGCGGUCGUCCGCUGACGACCUCCUACGUGGACUUGAUGAAGCCAGACGAAGAUUGGAGAAACCUGCCUGAUGCCGCAGAGAGAAGAAAGAUCCAAAACCGUCUUGCUCAACGGGCAUAUCGACGUAAUAUGCGGGAUAGAACGAAGGAGGUUGAGAGGUUGAAGAAACAACUCCAGCAGCUCCAAGAGACAAUGAGUUCAGAUCCUUCCACCACGCCGCCUCCUGAACACGAACUGGCUUCUGGCGGGCGGAGCCCAUCCAGCUUGGGCGAGACGGCGACUGGGGGAUCUCGGCGGAUGAGCGGUUAUGUACAGACCUGGCCCCAUACUUCAGGGACUGAACAAAUGGGCGGCCUCGCAUUGACAUCGACUGGGGAAACGUCGGUUAACUUCGAUGCGGCGGCCUUCUUUCCGCAGCUACAGUCCCACGAUGUUGUGCCGGAGAUGGCAUCAGCCGCUACAUCCAGCCGUCGGACUCGUGCCCUUACGAGCAGCGUGACUCCCGGCCCGGCCCGGCACCAGUCCCAUCUUCGGAGCAACAGUAUUCCACCCAUAUACACGUCCAACUGCCCCAGCCCCAUGCCCUGGCCACCAGCCAGCACCGCAGGCGGCCAUGACUCUAAUAGCUUCCACGUGUACAGCAACCCCGAGGAAAUGUCGCUCUACCAUCUCGAGUCGCCUUACGCGCUGGAUGAUGGGACAGCAACCGCAACAGCAUAUGCCACCUCGCCGGAUUCCGAUCUCAACAGCCCCGCGAGCUGGUCUCCCCUGGACAGGAAAACAUCCACCAGACCAGGGAGCUCAUCCCUGGCCUCCACGUUCUUGUCCAAUGUCAGUGUCGCGGAACUCUCAGAGAUGCAGAAUUCCUUGCCGGAAACCUCGGCCCCGCUCCUGCACUUCGCAGUUGCCAGUGGUCACAUGGACACUCUGCGGCUGCUCCUUCAGCGAUACGACGUCAACAUCAACGGUCGGGAUCACACAGGAUAUACGGCGCUCCAGCGGGCUGUCAUGAACGGGCGUACCGACAUGGCCGCGUUGCUUCUGGAACGCGGUGCCGUCGUUGAUGGCGAUGACAACUGGACGGCAGAAGCUCUCGACCACGUGAAGAUGAAAACUCGGUGA